AUGCAGCCGCAAGAUUCGAGCGCCGCUGCACUCGAUGCCUCGGAUGCUUUCAAUUAUGAUCCGGCUUCUUACCAACGGUAUGCGCAAGAGCGCGCGAUGCAUGAGUUAAAUGUUCACAAAUCACUAGUCGUUAAUGGCUCAGCUAAUUCCAGCAAUGGUCAUAAGGAUCACACAAUUGCUACUGACAUGCAGACCAAGACCGAGCAAUCGUCCGUUAAUACUUCCCCGACUAGUGUCACUAAGAUGCAGUCUCAAGCUUCUACAUCCGCUGCCUCAAUCUCUAACACGAUUCUUAAAAACUCCUCUGUUACGGCUCGAAAUGAUUCACUUAAAUCCAAUCGACUCUGCACCAUGCCUGGUUGUACAAAGCGUGUGCGCUCUAAGGGUCUUUGUAAGGCUCACGGGGGCGGUCGACGUUGCAUGGUGGAUGGUUGCGAGCGCAGCAGUCAGGGCCAGGGCCUUUGCAUUCGUCACGGCGGUGGUAAGCGCUGCACCCAGCCUGGUUGUACAAAAGCAUCUCAAUCGAACGGUCUGUGCAAGGCUCACGGUGGCGGCUUGCGCUGUCAGAGCUCUGGAUGUACCAAGAGUAGUCAAGGUGGUGGCUUUUGUCGUGCACACGGCGGUGGUCAACGAUGUGAGAAAGAAGGCUGCAACAAAGGCGCACAGCGUGGCGGUUUUUGCGCUGGUCACGGCGGUAGUCGAUUCUGCCAGCAUCCUGACUGCACUAAAAACGAUCGUGGUGGAGGCUUUUGUGCUGAGCAUGGCGGUGGGAAACGCUGCGAUCAUCCAGGAUGCAACAAGCCUGCGCGCAAGAAAGGCAAAUGCUCUUACCAUGCCAAUGCCGCUAAGGGCAAGCUGCCCAAAGAUCAGCUUGCUACGGCUGUGUCCUUGCCGCAGCACAUGAUGGAUAUGCGACAGAUUACAACGCCGACGUUUGCAAUGGGUGUGAAAGAUUUGCGGGAUUCACAUGGUCAAGUCGACCCGCAGCGCGCUGCAUACUUGCACCAGCAGCGCGUUGAAAUGGACAUGCGCUAUAAAGGCUACGAUGCAUCGAGCAACGCUGGCCAGUACCUGCAGAUUCACGCGGACCAGCGAUCAUAUGAGCCUAUCAGUCUCCAGGCUAACAACUCCACUCGUUAUCAUGUGUCUGUGGACAACAGUGCCCUUCCUUCCGUGUCUGGUGGUAUGUACAAAUCUGCUGGUGCUAUGGACCGUCAAGCUUAUGUAUCGCGCGCUGCUCCUGAUCAUAUAAAAAAUUCAUAUUCGCAACAUUGGACCUCAAAGUCAGAGUUACCACAGCAUCAUUCGGACGGAAGGGUUGACUACUUUGAUGUCAGCAAGGAGCAGCAACAACAACAUCACUCGCAACAGUCUAGCCACCACUUGCCGGCAAAGGGCUUCCACGGGACAGGUGCAGCGCAACUUACAUGUAACAGUCAAGACAGCUAA